AUGAAUUGCACCGAUUUCAUUCUAAAGCUCUUGUUACUAAAGCAGCAUUUGUCGAACGAAUCAUCAUGCCCGCUAGUUUCAACAAAAUCAGGAAAAAUCCAUGGCAAAUAUUUGACCUCUUAUCAAAAUAACAUAUAUGAGGCGUAUCAAGGUAUACCCUAUGCAUUACCACCCAUCGGAGAAAGGCGAUUUCGCCCACCAGUAGCCGUUGAGAAUUGGUUGGGUGAGCUACAGGCUACCCAAAUAAAAGACGCGUGUUUGCAAGAUUCCCCCUCGCCGCAGAACAAUUCGGUGGUCGGCUCGGAAGACUGCCUGUACUUGAACAUUUACGUGCCAACCAAGAGGAAGCCUACCGUCAAAUUGCCCGUGUUGUUUUACAUCUACGGUGGCGCGUUUCGAUUCGGAAGAACGGCGGAAGGCCAAGAGUCGUACGUGAUCGACUACGACGUGAUAUUUGCGUCGGCGAACUAUCGCAUGGGAUCCUUAGGUUUCUUGAGCACCGAUGACCACGUCGUGCAGGGGAACAUGGGCUUGAAAGAUCAGUCCAUGGCUCUCAGAUGGAUUCACGACAACAUCGAACACUUUGGUGGUAACCCCGACAAGAUCACACUUAUAGGCGCGAGUGCCGGAGGAGUCAGCGUGCACUACCACUACUUGUCGCCUUGGAGCCGCGGACUAUUUCACGCCGGUAUAUCUCUCAGUGGCAGCGCUUACAUUCCCGCGGCAGUGACCGCAUGCUCGCGCAUUAAAACCGUUGCGUUGGCUAAGGCGCUCAAAUGUACUCACGAUGAUAUGGGACAAUUGGUCGAAUGCCUCAGGCGUGUGCCCGCCGAAGCCUUAGUCAGUGCUCAGAAACAACUGAAGCUGUGGCAAAGGCUGCCGCCUCUUUUUGGGCCCGUGAUCGAGAGAUCCGGCGCCGAUCCGUUCAUCGACGACUAUCCCAGCGACAUUAUGAGCCAAGGUAAAGCUUACGACGUGCCGUGGGUGACUGGAGUCGUUAGCGAGGAAGGACUGGCUGUGAGUCGAGGAUUCACGCAAGACACUCUGCAGCGCCUGGACAAGAAUUGGAACUCGGUGGCAGCCGUCUUACUCGAUUAUUCGUACACGGUACCGAAGGAACAGCACAAGAGCGUGGUUCAACGCGUUCGCCGACAUUAUUUCGGCAACCAGCCAAUAAACGUUGAAACUCUGCACACUUUGACCAAGUUGAUUGGCGACAGGCACUUCGGUGUCGGAGCCGUGAACGCUGCCAAAGCACAAGCGGCCGCUAACAGUAGUCCGGUAUUUUUUUAUUAUCACACCUACAGAGCGCAAGAGAGUCUCAGCGAUGGGCAGACGUUUAGAGAACAGAAUUUCGGUGUUGCGCACGGAGAUGAUAUUCACCUUGUCAUAAAAGAUCCUAGGAUGUCGCCUACCAAGUCAGCGAAUGACAUGACUAUGCAGAGACAUUUAAUAAAAAUUUGGACGUCCGUGGCUUAUAAUGGAGUCCCGAAAAUUACCGUUCAAUGGCCGAGAGUAGCUCCAAAUAAUUCAUCUCUCCAAUACCUGCUUAUAGCUGAACCAAACUGUUUGAUACCAAAAAGUUGUGGCAAUUUUGCCCAACAGACGUUUUGGAAUUCAAUUAUUUCCCAUCAAAAGAUUUGUACAGCCGUAUAAUCACACAAAUAUAUUCGGAAUCUGAUCACUAAAAGGAGUUUAUCAACACUUAUUUAUAAUGUACUAAUUUAAACAUUUAAACGCGCAAAUAUAUUCAGAAUCUGAUCACUAAAAAGAAUUUAUUAACACUAAAUUAUAAUGUACUAAUUUAAACAUUUGUAUUUAUCACAUCACACAGAUAUUUUAUAUAACAUUCGAUCAAAAUUUUGAGCAACAGUCGCAUGUUUACGAAAAUAUAUUUUUAGUUGACCUUCAAGCAUCGCGAUGGUAAUAUAUGUGGUUAUUUCAAAUGACAGCGCCUAGAAAUGUGGUGGUCUUGUCAUCGGUCAGGGACAGCUUACAUUUGAUUAAUGUAUUUCA